ACGAUCGGGCUCAUCCUCCCUUUUCCGCCUGCACAACCCCCGAAGCCCGACCUUACUGUAGACGAGACCGCCAAUCCCGAGAUUCUUACCUACGCCGCCGCACCUAUCCGCAUUCUUGUGAGUUCAAAUCUCUCUGCCCUACGUCGCGAGACUUGUGCCAGAUUCAUGGUUAAUUCCACCUCACUAUUACUACCAACCGUGUCCCCUUAUCGGUCUAGACCAAAACAUUCUUGCUAACUUCUCGCCAUAGAACGACCGCUCAAGCACUCCUACACGGCUCAUUUCGACAUGGCGGAACAGAACUCCCCUCCACCGGCCGCGCGCGAAAAGCUCGAUGCGCAAAUCAAGUCCGCAGACAUGACCGAGGAUAUGCAGCAGGAGGCCAUCGACGUCGCUCAGGAGGCGAUGGGAAAGUUUACCAUUGAGAAAGAUAUUGCGCAGCACAUCAAGAAAACGUUUGAUGACCGGAAAGGCCCUACAUGGCACUGCAUCGUGGGAAGAAACUUUGGCAGCUUUGUCACUCAUGAGACAAAACACUUCAUCUACUUCUACCUUGGCCACUGCGCCAUUCUGCUCUUCAAGACCCAGUAGAUGCAUAACCGCAGCUAGUGUCGCAGAAGCGAUCGAGCCGGUUGUUUGGGUACACCUCCUCCGUGGUUUGCGUGGGCAACUGCAUUGGAAUCAGCACCGGUAACGGCUAGAAAAAGUGAAUUUGAGAACACAAUAGGCGCAUCAUUAGAAACACAGAUGCGAAGUUGAGUAGAGCGCGGCCUAGCCACUCAACUUCCUACUUA